AGAAAAAAAGUUAGGGGGUUAAUCUCAACAAUAUCAAAAAGUACAUUGGUUAAAGUACCCUUUUCGCCUUUUUGGGUUCUCUCCAUUUCCACAAACAAACAUUACCCGACCCGGGGUUGUAACGGAAAAAAGAAUGCAGAAAGAAACCAAGGAAAGCAGCUUCUCAGUCACUGUCCAAGUUGUUCUGGCCAUUGCUUAGAUUAUAAUUUUCAACUGCAGAGUAGUUGAGAAUUACAUCAAUCAUGGCUGACUCUUCAGGAACCACUCUGAUGGAUCUGAUCACGGCGGACGCACCACCUCCGCCCGCCGCAUCAUAUUCUUCUUCCUCGUCUGUCUCGUCGACGGUGGCGGGGCAGCAAUAUCAACCGCAGCAGGUAUCGACGAAGACCACAUUGGGAGAGAAGAAGUCCAAGAGAGCGGCUCUGCUGCAGAUUCAAAACGAUACCAUUUCUGCAGCCAAGGCUGCUCUGAAUCCUGUCCGUGCAAACAUUAUUCCUUACAACAGCCAAAAACGAAAGAAGAAGCCAGUAUCAUAUGCACAACUUGCAAGGAGUAUACAUGAACUAGCUGCUACUUCCGAUCAGAAAAGUUCCCAGAAGCAAUUAGUGCAUCAUGUAUUUCCUAAACUUGCUGUGUACAAUUCCGUGGACCCUUCAUUGGCACCAUCUCUUCUGAUGCUUAAUCAGCAGUGUGAAGAUAGGACUGUCCUACGCUAUGUCUAUUAUUACUUGGCCAGAAUUUUAUCAGAUAAUGGUUCACAAGGUUUGAGUCAAGGUGGUGGGAUCCCCACCCCAAAUUGGGAUGCUUUGGCUGACAUAGAUGCUGUUGGUGGGGUGACUAGAGCUGAUGUUGUGCCACGAAUAGUAAAUCAACUUACAACAGAGGCUAUGAAUACUGAUGUUGAGUUUCACGCACGGAGAUUACAAGCUUUGAAGGCUCUCACAUAUGCUCCUUCAAGCAACACUGAAAUCUUGUCCAAAUUGUAUGAAAUUGUCUUUGACAUUCUUAAUAAGGUUGCUGAUGUCCCACAAAAGAAGAAAGGCCUGUUUGGAGCUAAAGGUGGUGAUAAGGAGUCUAUCAUCCGGAGUAAUCUGCAAUAUGCUGCCCUUAGUGCUUUGAGAAGGCUCCCUCUGGAUCCAGGGAAUCCAGCAUUUUUGCAUCGUGCUGUGCAAGGGAUUUCAUUUGCUGAUCCUGUGGCUGUGAGGCACUCUUUGGAAAUUAUCUCUGAGCUAGCUGCAAGAGACCCUUAUGCAGUGGCAGUGGCAUUGGGAAAGGUUGCUGCCCCUGGAGGUACUUUCUUAUUGGUACCGAUAGCCACCAUGUUAAUUUCAUGUAGUACUGCAUUUAUAAUUUUGAUGUUUUUAGAUCUAUAUAGAAACAAAGUUACAGGGAAAAUAUUUUUAAAAAUUGAAGCAAGUGGCACUCUAGCUGUGGUACAUGUAUUAUGUAGACCUAUUUAUUUAUGCUGCGAUUUUAUCAAAAGGGCUUUGCAGGAUGUCCUCCAUUUACAUGAUGUGCUUGCUAGAGUUUCACUAGCCAAGUUGUGCCAUUCAAUAUCUCGGGCUCGAGCAUUAGAUGAGAGGCCUGACAUUAAAUCUCAGUUCAACUCUGUGCUCUAUCAACUCCUUUUGGACCCCAGUGAAAGAGUCUGUUUUGAGGUGAUCUUAUGUAUAUUGGGUAGAUAUGAUAAAACAGAGAGGACUGAAGAACGUGCAACUGGAUGGUACCGUUUGACGAGGGAGAUUCUGAAGUUGCCGGAAGCACCAUCAAAUUCCAAAGAUAAAUCUCAAAAGACAAGGCGUCCACAACCCCUCAUUAAACUUGUCAUGAGAAGGUUGGAGAGUUCUUUCCGUAGUUUCUCUAGGCCAGUACUUCACGCAGCUGCAAGAGUGGUGCAGGAGAUGGGGAAAAGUCGUGCUGCAGCAUUUGCUGUAGGUUUGCAGGAUAUUGAUGAAGGAGUUAAUGUUAAUUCGUUCUCUGAUACAGCAGAUUCAGUCGAUUCAGAUAUGAAUGACGAUUCUCACCCAGAAGAUAUUCGAAAAGCUACCUCUAUGUCUAACGUUGGAAGGGGCAAGGAUACAAUUGCUGGUAUGUUAGCCUCCUUGAUGGAAGUAGUGAGAACAACUGUGGCAUGCGAAUGCAUUUAUGUUCGAGCAAUGGUCAUCAAGGCAUUGAUAUGGAUGCAAAGCCCGUACGAAUCAUUUGAUGAACUAAAAUCCAUUAUUGCGGCAGAACUAUCAGAUCCAGCUUGGCCAGCAACCCUGCUAAAUGAUGUUCUGCUAACUUUGCAUGCUCGUUUUAAGGCAACCCCACAUAUGGCUGUUACUCUUCUUGAAAUUGCAAGGAUAUUUGCCACUAAAGUUCCAGGGAAGAUUGAUGCUGAUGUGUUACAACUCCUAUGGAAAACAUGUCUUGUUGGAGCUGGUCCUGAUGGGAAACACACAGCUUUAGAAGCAGUCACAAUUGUUCUUGACCUUCCACCACCACAGCCUGGAUCAAUGUCAGGAUUUACCUCAGUUGAUAUGGUAUCAGCAUCUGAUCCAAAGUCAGCCCUUGCAUUGCAGAGAUUAGUCCAAGCAGCAGUAUGGUUCCUUGGAGAGAAUGCAAAUUACGCUGCUUCUGAAUAUGCUUGGGAAUCUGCAACCCCUCCAGGUACUGCAUUGAUGAUGUUGGAUGCAGAUAAAAUGGUUGCUGCUGCUAGUUCUCGUAACCCUACUCUGGCUGGUGCUUUGACUCGACUUCAAAGAUGUGCUUUCAGUGGUAGCUGGGAGAUUCGCAUUGUUGCUGUUCAAGCUCUCACAACAAUGGCGAUACGCUCUGGUGAGCCUUUUAGGCUACAGAUAUAUGAAUUUUUACAUACCUUAGCACAAGGUGGCAUGCAGUCUCAGUUAUCAGAAAUGCAUCUCAGCAAUGGUGAAGAUCAAGGGGCCAGUGGUACAGGCCUUGGUGUUCUAAUAACUCCCAUGAUUAAGGUUCUUGAUGAAAUGUAUGGUGCCCAAGAUGACCUGAUCAAGGAAAUUCGCAACCAUGAUAAUGCUAAAAAAGAAUGGACAGAUGAUGAGCUUAAAAAAUUAUAUGAGACCCAUGAAAGGUUGUUGGAUCUUGUCUCACUCUUUUGUUAUGUUCCAAGAGCAAAGUACCUACCUUUGGGGCCAAUAAGUGCAAAGCUUAUUGACAUAUAUCGAACAAGGCACAACAUUAGUGUGUCAACUGGUUUAAGUGAUCCAGCUGUGGCCACUGGAAUUUCUGAACUUAUCUAUGAAUCAAAACCUGCACCUGUUCAACCUGAUACACUUGAUGAUGACCUAGUAAAUGCUUGGGCAGCAAACCUUGGUGAUGGGCCAGCAAUGAACAGGGUAAAUGAAUUUCUUGCUGGUGCUGGAACUGAUGCUCCAGAUGUUGAUGAGGAGAACAUCAUAUCCAGACCUUCAGUUAGUUAUGACGAUAUGUGGGCCAAGACACUUUUAGAGGCUCCAGAAUUAGAGGAAGAUGAUGUGAGAUCAUCUGGAUCUUCUUCCCCAGAGUCAACAGGAUCAGUUGAAACUUCCAUAUCAUCCCACUUUGGUGGCAUGAAUUACCCUUCACUGUUCAGUUCCAAGCCAUCAACCUACAGCUCUUCACAAACCUCGAUAAGAGAAGAGCCGCCACCAUACUCAUCGCCUGAUAGGUAUAACUCAUUUGAGAAUCCCCUAGCUGGGCGUGGAUCUCAAAGUUUUGGAUUCCCAGACGACGAACGUGUUUCAUCUGGAAAUCCACAAUUUGGAACAGCACUUUAUGAUUUCACUGCAGGUGGAGAUGAUGAGCUGAGUUUAACGGCAGGAGAAGAGAUAGAAGUCGAGUAUGAAGUAGAUGGAUGGUUCUAUGUGAAGAAGAAACGGCCAGGGAGGGACGGCAAAAUGGCCGGGCUGGUCCCGGUCCUCUAUGUGAAUCAAUCUUGAGGCACUUGUAUCUCCUUCAGAGCUGUUUCUUCAAUGUGGAUAAAUUAGGUGUUUAGCUCAUUCGACUCACCCCUACCGAAAAUACAGCGGAUGAAUCCACGGUGUGCUGAUAAUCUUUCUUUCUGUUGUUCAUUGUGCUUAUUUUGUGGGGUUGUCUUUCUACUGGUACCCCGUUAUUAUUUUAGGUAAUCUAUGGCAGCACACUUCGACACUUGAAUUUUCAGAGGGGAAGAAAGGGUUUAAAUUUUGAGAAACGUUGUGCUAACCGUUUUAUAAGGCAAUUGGGCGAAAACGUUAUCGAUGAUUCCAUGUUGCAUAAGAAAGGGAUUUUAAAUAU